AUGGCCGUGGGCUCUCGGGGGCACCGUGUCCUCCUGGAGGACGGGCAGGGCCUGGGUCCACGUCCGGGCUGCUCUGAGGUCACAGCCGCCGCCCAGCCUGUGUCCCUGUCCCUCCAUCACGUCCAGCAGAGCUGUGCAGAGAGACCACAGACCACAGACAGUGCCCGCUGUCGAGGAGGGCCCGCUUUGGUUCCAGCAAACCUGUGCGAGAUCGUCCCGCAACUCCGGCCCCAGAGGCGAGCCGUCCUCCGGCUACUGUGCGAAGUGGAAAGUGGGGAGACCGCGUGUCCCCUCCCCGAGUGCACCCCGCCCCAGCAGCGGGGCGCCCACCCUCGUCCACCGGGACGCGGCGCUCCGCCCUGCACCCUGUGCCGCUGGCCGCCUGCCAGCUCCCCGGCAUGCCUGUGGGUGACUCCUGGAGCCCCGCCAGAUACUGUCACACAUCCCGGGGGCCUCGGUAUGACUGGGACCACUGCCACUGCUGCCACCAUCACCUCUGUCACCACCACCAAGGCCAUCUUCAUGACCUCCAAGAUCGUCACCACCACCACCACCGUUGUCAUCUUCAUCACCUCCAACAUCACCACCAACACCACCAUCGCCAUCUUCAUGACCUCCAACUUUGUCACCACCACCACCACCAUCAUCACCACCAUCACCAUCAUCAUCUUCUUGACCUCCAACAUCUUCACCACUACCACCAUUCCCACCUUCAUCACCUCCAAUAUCACCACCAACACCACCAUCACCAUCUUCACCACCACCACCACCACCGCCACCUUCAUCACUUCCAACAUCACCACCAACACCUGCAUUACCUCCAACAUCACCACCAACACCACCUUCAUCACCUCCAGCAUUGUCACCACCAUUGCCACCACGGUCACUGCUUUCAUAACCUCCAACAUCAUCACCACCACCUUCUUCACCUCCAACAUCACCACCAACACCUUCUCACCUCCAACAUCACACCAACACCUCUACCAGCACCAUAGCCUCCAGAACCACCUCCAUCACCUCAUCAUCACCACUGAUACCCUCUCUGGGCCCACUUGUUUUAUUACUAAGAUGUGGGUGAAUGUCCUAGGAUCUGGGUCCCCAGGCAAGCAGCGACCCUACAUUCCAGUGUGA